AUGCGCAUAUUCAGAAAGCAAUGUUUUCGAAUUUUCAAAAUGGCGGGCGUUGAUUCUGGCGCAAAUCGAGGUCAGCUAAGAGACACAAGAAAGGCUUUAUUUCGGUCUCCCGAUCAAGAUGAAAACAGCAAAACACCAGAAGCUUUGGAGGCUUUACUCAAUAGAAUUCAAGUAGAUAUUGAGGUGGAUUCAAACUUGAAAAGUCUUCAGAAAGAGAUACAUGAACAGACCCUCACCAAAUUAAGACAAGAGUUAACUCAGAUUAGUCAGGAUGAAUGGAUGUACAAACCAAUUGAUCAGAUCAUGGGGUUUUGAACACUUUGAACUAAAUAGCCUUGAAAUGGCUCAAAUUACUACCACACCAUCUGACUAUGACAGCUUGCAGUGGGAUGUGAUCAAACCAAAGCAAAGGAUCAAUCCCAGUUCAGCAGUUAAUCAAGAAAGUGUGUGGUUGUGCCUUCAAUACCAGAAUGGUUUCUUAGCUACAGUAGCUAAUUAGACUACUUAGUCAGACAGUCUGCCAUCACCAUCACCAUUAUUGCCAACCAUUGUAAUUUUUUCAUUAUUGAUGAUAAAAAGAGAAUGGAAAAAUAAUACUGUUUACAUUUGACACUCAUAGCAAGCAAGGCCUGCAGCAAAACAGACCAGGUCAACCUUGUCGUACUUGCAUUACUUAGGAGACUUACAGUUCUUUUAUCACUAAAUCUUGAGUAGAGAUAACUUGCUGUGCCGUCAUCUGAUGUGAAACAGCACUGUUGCCAUGAAAUAUUUGUUUACUGACAGAGACUAGCGUCAAGCUAGGGGUAUAGACCCGAUUUCACUAACCGAAAGAGAGCACAUCACCAACUGAAAUUUCACUUUGAAAAAAGACUUACAGUAACUUUUAAGGUACAAGGCCAGAAAAGCCAGAAAAGCUGGCUAUGUUGUAAUAUCAAGAGCUAACUUAGUGUUUUCCCCGUCAACCAUACAUGAGUAUAACAACCAUAGUUUAUAUAACAUCACAAAUUGAACAAUUCUACAUAGCAGGAUCACAUAAUUUGAAAUGGAGCUACAAACAAAGAAGUUGGUCUAUAGUUCAAUUAACAAUUACAUGUUAAGACCAAACCAUACCAUGAUUUUGAGUAAGCUGCUUUAUUUUCAAAUUAUAAUAUUAAUUUUUAUACUGUACUUUACAGGUAGCUUGGAGACAACAACUAAUCACCACUUCUGUUACUGUGUAUUUUUCCUAAGUUUAACUCAAGAAAAGAAUCCAAUAAAUAUUUAUUACAUAAUCUGAGCACAUCUGUUACAAGUCAAGGGACCAAAACUAGAAAUACUAGAAUUGUAGAAAGUAGAAUUAUAUUCAUUAUUAAACACAAAGCUAUACAAAUGUAAUUUCUACCAAAACCCCUGAAAUAAAUUCUCAAAGAUUG